UGCCUGUUAUAAGCUGAGGAAUACAAAGGUGGUGCCCAGCAAAUGUGACGAAGAAACUUUUUAGGCUCUGCUACCUCUGUAGGGAGUUUUAAGGGGUGACCUAAACCAAUCAGUGAAGAGUUAAUUUCCCUGUGAUAAAAGGCUCAGAGGUGACAGAGCGAGAGACUCACAGAAAGCAAGCUGUGGCAGACCGAGUGACAUAAAAAAGAUAGUGACAAGUGACACCUGCAGAGGAUCUAUAGUUAUGUGUGUAAUGGAUACACAUAGAAAUAAGGUGACAAGGUUACGGUAGGGAGCUAGAAUGGUAUGAGCAGAGAAAAAAUUAAGGACUGAGCAUUUCCAGGUUCUAGAAGUUGAAAUUGUGUCAGGGAAUGAGUGACAUGUGCCAAAGUAAUGGGGAGAUAAUGACAGGUGCAUAGGUGGAGGAAGGACAUCCUCGCACGUGACUCUUGUGUGACAUCCACCUGGUGUCACAGUGACACCGGAGGGGUAACUCUGAGACACUUCCAUGGGUGCAGAGGAGCAUUACGCAUCAGAAUGCACAGAGGGACUCAAAUGCACAGCUUACCAGAAGAGCAGCACAUGCAGGGCACAGCUGAACCACAGAGCACGCCGAGGGUGCCAGGCAUGAUAAAAUUGCAGAGUACAGGACUGCAGAGCAUAACAGGAGUUCGGAGCAAAACAGAAUUGCAGAGCACAGAAGAGAUAAGCAGCGGAACACCGAUGCAGAGCGAAACAGAUGCGCAGAGUAAGAAGAGUAUGAUGGGGAUCCAAAGGGACAAACUUAUGCAGAGAACUGAAGAACUGCAGAGAGGCAUAACUGAGCAGAGCCUUUCCACCCAACUGCAACAUAAAUUUGAUCACCUUGAUUCUGGGGAUAAAAGCUUACCUGCUAAUUAUACCUAUCUCCAUGGAGCCCGUCACCCCUCCACCGCUAUCUGCCCCUACAGACAGGACUGUGACCCCGAGGUUGAAGAAACUGAAAGUUACCCCCAAUGUGAUGGACAUCUCUCUUUCCCCAUAACCCUAACCCACUCCUUUACUCGUACCCCUAGCCCAGGAGGAGGCCAGGGUUCCGAGAAGAUACAGGUCACCCUAGCUAACCACCCCCUAUGGAGUAAAUUUCACAAGCAUCACACAGAGAUGAUCAUCACCAAACAAGGCAGGCGCAUGUUCCCAUUCCUUAGUUACCGCGUGUUAGGUCUGGAUCCUCUUGCCCAAUACACGUUACAUGUGGAAGUGGUUCUGGCAGAUCAAAAUCACUGGAGAUUCCAAGGAGGAAAAUGGAUCCAAUGUGGCAAAGCUGAGGGUAACAUGCCAGGGAACAGAAUUUACCAACAUCCUGAUUCUCCUAACACAGGUGCCCAUUGGAUGCGGCAAGAGGUGGCAUUCAGUAAACUCAAACUGACCAACAACAAAGGUGCCUCCAAUAAUAUGACUCAGAUGGUGGUACUGCAGUCCCUUCACAAGUAUCAACCACGUCUGAAUGUGACACGAGUGACGGAAUCUGGAGUUGUGGAGAACCACAGUCACACCUUCACCUUCCCAGAGACCCAGUUCAUAGCCGUCACAGCUUAUCAAAAUGCUGAAAUCACACAGCUGAAAAUCGAUCACAAUCCGUUCGCUAAAGGAUUCCGGGACCACUGUGAAACACAAUCCGGCAGUGAAAUGAUGGGGUUGUGUGUCUCAUCUGCUGAACGCCAAACACCAUCACCACCUCUCUGCUAUUCGAAUCCUUUCUUGCACAACCCUCUGCAGACCACACGUCUCUACUCCGUAGAACAGAAAGAACUGCCACCUUGGUACUUAUCGUCUCAAGGUAUUGCUCCACCCCGGGACUACGCACCUUACGAAACCACAGGCAAAAUGGCCGCAGCCUACGCCAUGAAGUGUUAUUCCCAGCCACCUCCUCUGGGCUAUUAUGGAGAUACCUUGGGUUCAGCUUGGGCAGGACCAGCUCAAUACCAUCCGAAACCCAAUCCUACACCAUCUAGCUGGGUUUUUCCCUUUCUAGAUAACAGAGAAAAAGAAGAGCAAUCUAGUCUUUGGGGAGAUCACACAACGUAUGCAGAAGACAGCAAAAGGCGGAGACUGUCACCAUAUAAAGCAGAUGGAUCCCCCCAUAUGUAUGACAGGGACACAGACUUGCCUUUCUGUGGAUUCUACAGCCAAUGACAUUAACAAGUUACCACCAAACUACAGAAUGGAGCAGUGCCUUGUGCAAGAGCAUUGCUAAUUAUGUAUGGGCCCUAGUGCAAAUAUUGGACUAAGUACCCUCCUAUAAUGGGUGGUUUUGAUGUCACAUGACCAAGAGCAGGGAAGGUAUAGGGGUACUACCUGAGCACCACUCCUCAACAGCUCUGCCUUGGAGACCUGAUGUCAGCACCUGUCUGCUCAAUGUGCUCUGCAAAGUGAGAAGGGCCCUGUCGGCCUCAUAAGUGUACAUUGACAAUGGCUUCCAUCUAUUUUGCCACCUCUUUUUCUCAAUGUGUAGUAUACAAAUGUAGACAACUAUAGGGGCCUGGCCAUAUUUCAAGGCAGUAGAGCAUAUUCAGGUUCAUAGACCCGGAUGCCACCAACUCAAAACCAGCAUGUUGCCUAUUUUAUUUUUGCCCAUAUACACAGUUGGUAGAAAUAGGUUAUACCCUUGCCUGGUCAUUGACAAAAAGAAAUCCCACAAUAUGGUCCAUUCUUUAAUGAAGUCAGCAGAUCAUAUUUUGUAUUACUAACACACAAACAUUUGUACUCUCUCACAAGGACUUUCAAUUCACUGGUGUUUCUGUGUUAUUUCUUACAUGAAAAGCUCUCUUUGGCUUAUCAUCCCAAAUGAGAUAAGGGUCUGGUCCCUAACUUCACAAUUACAGAAUAUCUGGUGAAACUCACACUAAGCAUCACUAGAGAACUCACAUAUGUAUCAGGGUUUUCUAUGGUAAACAAUGGCCAAUCUGGGAAAACAUUUAUGGCCGAAGUUCUGGGCCACGGCCUUGACCUUUUCCUCUGGGAUAGGAAACCAGCCCAAAACUAUGAUGCUCCUACAAUGCUUCAUGGCUGCAGUAAGGGUCUGGUGUUUGGUUGUUUAACCCUGUUUGCAUCAAACUGUCCACAAAACAAUUAUCCAGAAGCUUUGUGGAACAUCUAGGUCAGUGGUAGUCAACUGGGAAAUUAAGUGUGUUCCCCAACACCUCCACAAUAGCAGCACUGGUGUCAGUGAGUGCAAUAAUUAAUAACCCCUUAAAUUGGUGGCAGAGGACACACAAGCAUUGGUGGCAUGGAACGAAAUAACCCCCGGCAUUGGUGUCUGUGGAUGCAAUAACUCACACCAUCUGUGUCAAUCGAUGAAAUUAUAACCCCCAGCACUAGUG